GUGAAUGUUAUAAAGGAUUGAUUCAGUCCAAAAGUGGAAUCAGCCUUGCAGGUCUAGUAUAAGUGUAACUAAUACAGGCUCUGGUAAGGAGUUACCAUGCAUUACUAAUGAGAAAGGCACAGCCAAAAAGUAGUAUACAACAUUUCCUGAGCUUCAGAAGCUGGAUGUGGCUAGUAAGCUUGAUAUUUCUUUUUUUCUUAUCUGCCCCCGUUUUUUUACUCUGCAUUAUUUAAAUUUCUCUGAUAUCUAAAUUUAUAAAAGAUUUAAACGUUCCAUAGAUAUUCUAAGAUGCCAUCAUAGUCAAGGCCACCAAUUUGGAUACAUUUCAUACUAAGAAGCUACACUGAAAUGAACAUUGUGGGAAAACUCAAUUUAAUGAUACCUUGGAGUGUGUUCUUGGUUCAUUCUCUGCUGUUCUCUUUACAAGGAUCCAAUUGCGAGUUUUCUCUUUUGAGAAGAACACCAAGAAACCAAUUUAAUGCAACUCGACAGAAAAGAGAUCUCUUAGCAGCUGAGCCUGGAGCAGAUUCUGCAGGGUCUCGCCUUCAUGGGGACCUUACUCAUGGUGAAAGACCAUUAGGAGGCUCUUGUCUUCAAGAAUGCCUUAAUGGAGCAGUUUGUACAGAGGCGGGUGUAUGUGACUGUCAGAUGUUUCAGGCUCAUGGUGAAAGAUGUCAAAUUGUACCUAACAAUGGUAAAGAUCGAGAUGGAAUCUGCAAAUCAUGGGGGCAAUAUCACUUUGAAACAUUUGAUGGCAUCUACUACUAUUUCCCAGGAAAUUGUUCCUAUAUUUUUGCAAAAGACUGCAAUGCUCCAGAACCUCAGUACACUGUUUGGGUUCAUAACAGCCCCCAGUGUGAUGGUUCAGUGUACACUUGUCUGCGAUCAAUCAGCUUAUUUUUUUCAAACCAGGAAGAAAUAGUUAUUAUGGGACAUGAAGUAAGAAAGGAAGGAAGCAGAUUAACAUUGCCUCAGACCAUUGGAAAUGUUUUCAUUGAGAGGCUGGCUGACUAUAUUCUGGUGAAAACUACCUUUGGUUUUUCUCUUGCUUGGGAUGGAAGCUCUGGUAUUUAUAUUAAACUGACAGAAGAACACAGAGGGAAACCUUGUGGCCUGUGUGGAAAUUAUAAUGGCAAUACAUCUGAUGACCUGAUAAUACAAAAUAUAGGUGAAUAUACAGAAGACAUUGCUGUAUUUGCAAACAGCUGGUCUGUACAAACUCCAAGUGAUGCAAUUUGUGUGACUACUGUCUCAGAUUUUUCUAGUCCAUGUUCAACUGACACAGAGUCCUCUGAGGCCAUAUUCUUCAAAUGCCAAAUACUCCUACAGUUUCCCUUCCUCAGCUGCCAUGAAAGCAUAGAUCCGUAUUCGUAUAUUUCUAGCUGCAUGAAUGACCUUUGCAGAGUGAACGAUGAUGAAACUUACUGCCGAGCAGUGACAGAGUAUGCUAGAGCAUGCUCACAUGCAGGCUAUCCUGUACGGGACUGGAGAGAGGAUUUUCCUGCCUGUACUGAGAAGUGUGAAGACAGUUUUGUCCAUCGAGAUUGCAUUAGUUGUUGCCCGCCAACCUGCACAUUUGAAAAGGAUUGUCUUGGCAGCAACCUCCAUUGCUUAGAUGGCUGUUACUGUCCAGAUGGUCUCGUUAUGGACAAUGGAACUUGUAUCUCUGUGUCAAAUUGCCCUUGUAUUUAUCAUGGAACAGCCUUUCCUGUAGGCUCAAAAAUUGAACAAGAAUGCAGUCAGUGUACUUGUACUGGUGGCAUUUGGAACUGCACUGAACAUGACUGUCCAGCUGAGUGCACCAUCGUAGGUGACUCUCAUUUUACAACAUUUGAUGGUCGUCAUUAUACAUUUCUUGGGAUUUGUCAGUACAUACUGGUAAAAGGCACUGGGAAAGACAAAUUCACAAUCACUUUACAGAAAGCUCCAUGUGGUCAGAACCUCGACCAUGGCUGCAUCCAGUCUGUAACACUAAUUCUUGAAGAUGAUAUGAGUAAGCAAGUGACUCUUACCAGGGAUGGUGAAGUCCAGAUUGGCCCUAGCCAGGGUUUUAACUUUAAUGCGGACAUCGAAAUUCGGAACCUGUCUUCUUUGUUUGUGCAGUUGAAAACGAGAUUUGGUUUAAAGAUUCAGUUUGCUAAAAAUGGGGAGAGACUAUAUAUACAAGUCAAUACCAGCUGGAAGAGAAGAACACUAGGUCUAUGUGGAACUUUUAAUGGGAACUUAAGAGAUGACUUUCUUUCUCCAGCAGGGAUGAUUGAAGGAACCCCACAGCUUCAUGCCAAUGCAUGGAAGGUUUCCUCAGCUUGUUUUGUGCCUGUCAACGUUCCCGUGGUUGAUCCUUGCAACAUUAAUCAACAAAAUGUUGGCUAUGCUUCCCACUGUGAUAUCAUCAGUCAAGAACUUUUUGCUCCGUGUCAUCCGUACAUCAGUCCAGGAUUAUACUACCAGCUGUGCCGUUUUGAUGCCUGUAAAUGUGGAAGCAGCUGUUUGUGUAAUGCACUUGCACACUAUGCCUAUAUCUGUGGCAAGCAUGGAAUUGCUAUUGAUUUCAGAUCUCAGGUUUCAUACUGUGGUCUCGUUUGCCGAAGUGGUAUGCUAUAUCAUCAGUGCUCUUCUUUUUGCAAGCACUCCUGUUCUUCCCUUUCUUCCCCGCAUAUCUGUAAUGACGACUGUGCGGAAGGAUGCAAUUGUCCUGAUGGGAAAUACUUUGAAGAAUCAAUCAACUUUUGUGUGCCAAUAUCAGGCUGUCAUUGUUAUUACAAAGGCAGAGCCUUCCAGCCUGGAGAAAUCCUGCCCACACAGUCAGGCUCCUGCCAGUGUUUGAAUGGAACAAUGAAAUGCACUGAAACUGCUACAACGGCAGUUCACACAUGCCCUGAAGGAAAAAUCUACUAUGACUGCAGAUAUCCGGUGCCUGGCUUACCAGCAGCUGGUGUGAACUGUGAGAUUUCCUGUGCAAACCUUGCCAUGAACUUCACAUGUGUGCCAUCACCACCCUGUGCAAGUGGCUGUAUCUGCCCCCCAGGGAUGGCAGAGCAUAAAGGGAAAUGUUAUGUUCCUGAUAGUUGUCCAUGUACCUGGAAAGAUUGGGAAUAUUUGUCUGGAGAAGUGAUAUCUACACCUUGCUAUACCUGUGUUUGCCGGCGCAGGAUAUUCACAUGCACUAGUUAUCCUUGUCCUGCUGUGUGUACAGUUUACGGGGAUCGACAUUAUUACUCUUUUGAUGGGUUGGAAUAUGAUUUCGUCAGUGACUGCCAAGCUUAUUUAGUGAAGAGUACAGACAACACAAAUAUAUCUGUAAUUGCUCAGAACAAGAAGUGCUUUGACAAUGACAUUGUUUGCUCAAAGAGCGUUUUGAUCUCUGUUGGAGACACUGAGAUUUAUUUUAGUGAACCUUCUGACAAACAGAGAACAUCCAGGAGACAGGAAAACAAAGCAACAUAUCAGCUUUGGAAGGCUGGAUAUUAUACGGUGGUACACUUUCCAGAGCAGGAAAUUACUAUCCUGUGGGACAAGAAGACAACAAUACAUGUCAAAGUUGGACCUCGAUGGAAGGGUAAAUUAGCAGGUUUGUGUGGAAAUUUUGACAAAUACACUUCAAAUGAUCUGACUACAUCAAACAACAUGGAAGUGAGAAAUGCUCAGUUCUUUGGAGAGAGCUGGGCAAUAGGACAGUGUAAAAGCCCAAAUGAAACCAUAAAGCCAUGUGAAGUACAUCAGAGCAAGUUCCCCUAUGCCAAAAGGGAAUGCUCAAUUCUAUACAGUGAUGUUUUUGCCCCUUGUCGAAAUGUGAUUGAUGUGACUUCAUUUGUCAAAAAUUGCCAUACAGACACAUGUAACUGUAAUCUUGGUGGGGACUGUGAGUGUUUGUGUACAAGCAUUGCAGCUUAUGCUUACAAAUGCUGCCAGCAGGGUGCAGUUAUUCACUGGAGAUCUCCCUCUGUCUGUCCCUAUAAUUGUGAAUACUACAACCAAGGCCUCGGAGAAGGACCAUAUAUUUUGGCAAGUUAUGGACAGAAUGAUACCAUUAUAGGAGCUAACAUUACCAGCAGAAAGCUAUUUCCUUUGUCUAGAAUCAGUACAUAUGGAAAUGUGGGUUUUAGUUUUAUGAUAACUCCUGGUCUUUUUAAAGAUAAAGACUUAUCUCUGUCUCUUGUUUCCCUGGAGUCUGCUGAAAGACCAAACUAUUUCCUAUAUGUUCAUGACAAUGAAACUGUUACUUUGGAACAGUGGGCAGCAAGUUCAUCAUUUCGUAGACGAGCCACAUUCUUCCACCACCAGGGCCUCUGGAUUCCAGAUUAUAGUGCAUUUGAACUUCACAACAAGAAAGGCUUUUUCAUUAUAUUGACAGCUUCUGGUGUUAAAGUGUCAAAGUAUGAUAAUUCAGAAGAAUUCAAACGUACAAGUAGCUUUAGCAUUGAAGAACUCCAAGCAUCAGUGCCUUAUAGGAGGAUGUGUGAAUGGAGAUACGAACCUUGUGCUAGCCCCUGUUUUAAAACAUGUAGUGAUCCUGAAGGAAUAGCAUGUAAAUUUCUUCCACCGGUUGAAGGAUGCUUACCAUAUUGUCCUAAAAAUAUGAUCCUUGAUGAGGUGACACUAAAAUGUGUUUAUCCAGAAGACUGCAUACCUGUGACACCCACAGAGCUGGCAGCUGGAACAAAAACUCAGAGAACAAGACCCACUGCAUUAAUCUCUCCUACAAUUGUUACUACAGAGAGAUUUUCUCAAAUGCCCCCUCUGUUUGUUACUGUGGAAGCUGAGCCAACUCAUACAAGUGUAACUACCAAAAUAACCACAAAGAUGGACACAACUUUAAGAGGAGCAAACAUUACGACAGAAGCUCCAUCAGACUUUCAUUCAUUGGCAUCACUUCAUACAACAACUUAUUUAAUUUAUUCAUUACCCAUUUCAAGUACAGUGCAAUCUUCCAAAGUAACCCACAGCACGACAAGCCUCUCUGAACUGCCCAAGCCCAUAUUUUCAACAGAUUUUCCAGCUACUCUUCAGACAUCAGCAGUCACGUUAAAAACAUCCCAUAUUGCAAGUCCAACAACAUUUAUAACCCCACCCAUUACAACUAUGGCAGUUCCAUCAGUACCUGCUUUUACUCUGCUAACUCCAAGUCCUGUUCCUAGACAUUCUACAUUACUAAUGCCUACUUCUUUACUGAUAACACCAUUUUCACAUGAAACAGGAACUGCAUCCUCUUCUAUAGCAUUAGCAAGGUUAUCCCCUGGACCAGCCUUUAUCACUACUGAAGUACCUACAAGGAUCUGGGGAACCAGAAGACCUUCUUCAAGUCAUUCACAGCUACCAAAAAUAUCCACAGUAUUUCCUUCAUCUCCAUCAUUAACUGGAAGGACAUCUUUUUCAAGUCCCAUGUUCCUUACAGGCCCACAAUUAAUAUUAACUGCAUCUACUUCACCACUAUCUGCUAUGACUGAAAAAACCAAGUCUACUAUGGUUCAACCUAUAGUUCACCCAACUUCAACUAUUUUUCAAACUCCCAUGUCUACUUCUAGAUUUACUAGCUUUCAAACUAGUCCUCCUCAGUUAAUCACAGCUUCCUAUGCUGUGACAACUCAAGCCACCUCCCAAGCUACAACAUCAUUUUUAAGAACAACCAGUUCUUUAACUAGAAGUUCAGAACCUACAUUUUUAUCUUCAAUAGGCAUUUCAGUGACUCCCUCCAAACAUAUAAUUCCAUUAAGUGCAGAUAAUGUUUCUACUGUCACACCUAUAAUGACUGAAGUUUCAUCUCCAGUUGCUUCUCAAAUCCCUACAACCAUGAGAACAACGUGGUCUUCUUUGAGUCCCCUUGUAAUACAUACAAUGUCUACAUUAGUGCCUCUACCUGUUACAUCUCCCAAACCAAAAGCAACAAAAGAAGUCACAGUUAUCUCAAAGAGUCUUUUCUUAGAACCUUCCACAGCUGAAGAGUCUCUUCUAGCUACUCCUCAAAUUUCUGAGGUCUCUGUAACAAGUACAAUCUCAACAAAAAGUAAAUAUGCACUACAUACUGAUGCAGUUCCAAUAUCGACGAUUUCUAAAAUGUCAACUGGAUCCAUUAGUUCUACAGCCUUCCCUUUUAGUACACCUGUAUUACCCAUAAAUGCUACAUUAGUUACUCAUCAAAUGGUAAGAACCACUUCAAAAAUAACAGAGUACCCCAUCACUCCACAUUCUGAAUUCAAGACUGCCUCAUUGAUACGAAGUACAGACACCUCAUUAAUUCCUAGGGAACUGUCUUUCACCAGUCCAUCCACAUUACUUACAAUGUUGUUGUCAACAUCAAGACCAUCUGUUUUGCAAACCUCUGCCAUGACAUCCAAAACAACAAGCUCUUUGGUGAUUCCAGCAGUGAAUAGGACAUCUGCUUUGACAACAAGUCUAACUCGUACCCAACCACCUACUGUAUCAAUGAGUACACAAGAAACCUCAAGAAGCGUACAUACAGAACUGGCAACCUCUCCCUUGGGUAUUUCUACAUUAACUUUAAGCACAAACACUUACAUAAGUUCUUCAGCCAUGCCUAAAACUUCAUUUGCAAUAUUACAUUUAUUAACUUCUAAAACUCCCAAAGUCACUUUGGAAAGCUAUUCUGGUAUAUUUACUACUACUUCUUCACCUUCUGAGAUUUCUCGUGUAUCUGCUGUAUCAUUAGGAACAAAUAUAUCAUCAAGUCCUUCCACAGAAUAUGAAACAAGAGCUUUUGUACCCACUGAAAUAGUCACUGAGUCCACUGUGCCAUCUGCAGCACUGACCAGGAGCACAGUUUUGAAUACUACAACCAUAGUGCCCACUUAUGUCACUAUGAAAACAUCAGUUAGUCCUUCAGUAAGUUUAUUAGUUACUCCUGGCACCACCAUUGCCCCUAGUGUUACUGCAACAACCACUGAAUCUUCCAUUACUCAUACUGAGCUUCACACAGCCUCUAGUUCAGUCCCAAUUCCUGCUACCUCUCAAACAUCUAUGUCUCAUUCACCUAAGACUUUACUGACAUCUGCACAUUCACCAGUUUCACUGAGUACUAAAGAAAUGCUAAAAACUACAGUCAUGAAAACAAUUGGUGCCAUGAGUGCAUUCGCAGAGCAGAAGAUUAUACCUUCAACAGUUUCAGAACUUAAAUAUGCAGCCUCCAUUGCAGAGACCACAGAAAGUAGUCAGACUUCCCAUGUGGAAAAAAAUACUACUAAGACAAAAUCUACAUCUUCUGUGCAGACUGCUUCCUUGCCCAGUAAAAUCAGCACAGCUUCAGGAAAAUCUGUCUCUAUAUCUGAAGUUACAGAUGUAACACUGUCAGAUUGGCCCAGAGUUCCACCACAAAGAACAAUCAAACCUUACUACAAUCAAACAGUACCAGAGCAAGUGGAGGUUAGAGAAUCACAGAGCACCACUGUAAAAGAUUCAUCCCAUUCCAGUUAUAUAAAGGUGCUGUCUUCUACUUCGGAACCUGUAGAAACACAAACUUCACUGUCAGACACAGAAAUGAUGAUGACAGAGACAGCUGACCAUGCUUCAUAUGGCACCAUGAUACAUACACUAAUGUCAUCUUCCUCAGAUUGUAUGCCAAGAUACAUUGAACCUGUAGACAGAUGUAGCCAGUAUGUAUGCAUUAAUAUGGGAUGGAUGUUGUACAACGUUUCAAGGAACUGUCAUAAGAACGUAGAGAAGCCUGACUGUGGUUUUCGAGGAAUGCCAGUUCAAGUUAACAGUGAUAGUUGUUGUCCUGAAUGGGAAUGCCCCUGCCAAUGUUCUGUACUGUCUGAACUGAGCAUUAUUACAUUUGAUGGAAAUAACAUAGCCCUCUAUAAUAUGGCUUCCUACAUUUUAGUCAAGCUCCCAGAAGAAAUAAUUGUUGCUCAUAUUGAAAAAUGUCCCACUAACCGGAGUGCAAAUUCAAUAAGAAAACUAGUUUCACAUGGAGGCACUUCAGGGCUCUGUUUUAAGAAGUUAAAUGUAACAACACCUACAAAUAAAGUACUUAUCAACCGUUUGGCAAGAAAGGUAGUAGUGGAUUCUGUAAUUCAACCUUUGCCCUUCUCAAAACAUGGACUGUGUAUUCAGGAUACUGGUGCCAUGUACGUCAUUAACACACCUGCUGGCAUUAGCAUUAAGUGGGCUCAUGUUACAGGCAUUAUAGAUAUACAAUAUGGCUUACAUUCUAACACAUCUACCAAGACAGAAGGACUUUGUGGUGUGUGCAAUGGAGACCCAGUUGAUGAUCUCAAGAUGCAAAAUAGGACUAUAAUUACAAAUAUGGAAGACAUCGAAGCAUUUAUUAAGAGCUGGGAAAUUGAGAAAUCAGUUGAUGUAACAACCAGGAGGCCAGUAAGAAACUGUACUGAAGAUAACUGCACUUACUGUAUGGAGCUGUUAAAUAGAAGAGUUUUUGUCCCAUGUCACAAAAAAGUUUCACCACAAGACUUUUGUGAGAAGAUGUGGAUCAACAAUACCUACUUUUGGAAUUAUGAAUGUGAUGCACUUUCAGCAUAUGUGUCUUUGUGCAACAAACAUAACAUCUGCAUUAAGUGGAGGACACCAGAUUAUUGUUCUCUGGGUUGUCCUGAUGGCAAGGAAUACCAGCCUUGUGUGCAACCCUGUGCAGCCAAAACAUGCCUAAAUAAAUGGUUCUAUGAAGAAUCCCCUUGCUCCUAUUUGAGGGAAGACUGUGUGUGUAAAAAUGGAACCAUUCUACAUCGAACAGACUCUGACCUCUGCAUACCUGAAGAAAAAUGUGCAUGUACAGAUAAUGAAGGACAGCCACGUUCUGCUGGAGAGGUUUGGAAUGGGUCCAUUAAAGGGUGUUGUAUGUAUAACUGUUUGGAGAAUGGAAGCAUUAUUCCUAUAGAACCUGAAUGCAGUGAAGACCCUCUACCAAUUUGUGAACGGGAAGGUGAAGUUAUCAUUAAUGUCAUUGAAGAGAGGGCUUGCUGUCCAAAGAAAGUUUGUGAAUGUAACAUGACUUUGUGCGAGGCUAUAGUUCCAACAUGCAAAAAUGGUGAAAAAUUGAUGGUAGGCUAUAGUGCCCUUUCCUGCUGUCCACAAUACCAAUGUGAAUGUGAUCCGUUAGCAUGUCCCAGUGCCCCCCGUCCGGAGUGCAGAGAGGACCAAUUUAUUGUUGAAGCAAAACAGGAAGAUCCUUGUUGUUUUUCUUAUCUAUGUGUUUGUGAAUCUUGCAUUGAGCCUAUUCCUUUAUGUAAUGAGGGGGAAAUUCUCACAGUAGAUCUUAGCACCAUGCAUUCCUGUUGUCCUCGUUACCAUUGUGUUUGUGAUGAAAACCUUUGUUCAAUGCCUCUUCUGAACUGCACAGCUGACAUGCAACUUGUGAAAGAAAAAGUACCUGAGCAGUGCUGUCCAGACUGGCACUGUGAAUGUAGCUGUGAAAAUUUUACUAUACCAACCUGUAAAGUGGGAGAAGUUCGAAAAAUCGAUGAGAACACUUACAGUGCUUGCGGAUGUGUGCAGCACAUCUGUGAAAAGGAUGAUGUAUGUGUAUUUCAAGAAGUAACUGUGCUAAAUCCUGGACAAUCUAUGAUUCAGUAUUUGGAUGAAAAUCUUUGCUACACAGUACAGUGUUUGCAAGAAAAAGAUCACAGCACAGGAUACUAUGCCAUGGAUUUUACAACUGUGAACUGUUCCCAACAAUGUGAAUCUCAUCAGAUAUACAUUCCUUCUUCCAGUCAUCAUGUUUGUUGUGGAACCUGCCAAAAUGUGUCUUGUGCUUUCUAUGCCGAAAAUGGAACAUUAUUUAUACAUGAAGAGGGAAGCACCUGGGUCUCCAAUUGCACCAAAUAUGAGUGUGCAAAGACUGCUGUAGGUGCUAUGAUACUGGGAUCUAGUGUUGUCUGUCCCCCUUUUAAUGAGACUGAAUGCUCAAAGAAUGGAGGCACUGUACAGACUUAUAAUGAUGGCUGCUGCAAGACCUGCAGAAAGGAGGAAAGGAUUUGCCAGAAAGUGACAGUCAGAACAACUAUAAGAAAAAGUGACUGUAUAAGUCAAAGGCCUAUAAAUGUGGCUUCCUGCGAAGGAAAAUGCCCCUCAGCUACAAUUUUUAAUGUCAAUAUUGAUAGCCAUUUAAGGUUCUGUAAAUGUUGUCGUGAAAAUGGAGUACAGAACCUGACUGUGCCACUAUACUGCUCAGGAAAUGGCACCGAAGUGUUGUAUGUCAUCCAAGAGCCUAUAGACUGUUCAUGCCAAUGGAAUUGAGCAUUUGAUGGAUUCCACUGUGAGAACUGAAGUUGGCUUCCUAUAAUUGAAUUGUAUUUUUUGACAUUGGACAGACUAAUCCGAUACUAUAUAGAAAAAUAUAUUUUUAUCAUUAAUGUUUCAGUCAACUUGGUUUCUUAACAAAAUUAGUAGAAAGUGCAUGAAAGUUUUACAGCAAAAACAUUUUCAAGCAUUGACAAAUAUAUGUGUAGCAAGAGUGUCUUUUAUAUCAGAUAAUUAAUUUGUCAGUUAUUUACUUCUAUCCAAUUACUUUAAAUUAUGUUGCUGAAAACUAACUUGAUUUUUAAAAUUCAGUCUUGAUUGAGUUGGGACAUGUUUCUGCAAAAGGUAAAUAACAUCACAGAACAUUAAGAGCUAGGACAGGUGGCUGUAAACAAACUUUAUGGGACCACAGGAAACUUGGCUGCCCCCAUGGUGAGUGGAUGUCCAGCUAACUAAAAUCAUGCUGGACCAGAGAGUACCGGACUAGAGAGGUUCAACCUAUAUCACAUAUUUUUUAACAUAUUUUAAUUGGCUAGAAGGAAACAAAUAUGAAGAGUAGUUCAAAAUUUUGUUGCUUUUGUUAAAAAUAUCUGAAAUAAAUGUUUAAGUUUUUACAACUAGCCAGAGGAGAAAUUGCUGGAGUGAGUUUCAGUGAAUGCAUAUAUACUUCUGUUUUCAAAAAGGAACAACAUGUUUUCAAAAUGAAUUGAGGAGCAAGUCUGUUAUGGUUUUACCUUUUGUUUCAUUGGUUGAAAUGCUCAUGUUCAGUACUCUUUAUUUACAUAAAGUUAAUUUAAAGGUUGCUUUAAAGGAAUAUUGAGGUUGGAUACACUAGCUGAAUCUAAGUCUCAAAUAAUUUGGAGUCAGGAAGAAACAUACUCCCAUUAAAAAGGAUAUAACAUUAACUGUAUGGAGAUAAUUGAAAUUCAGAUAUAUAUUUAGUCUGUGGAUGCACAUGGUUCUGUAUAUCUGCUGCCAAAUGUGCUCUCCAUUUUCUUAACCACGAGCUAUUUAUCUUAAUUCUUAAUAAUUGUUGAUCCAGUAUUUUGCCCAUUUUCAGAAGUAUUGCUUACCCUAGAAAUUCACUGAAUGAAUUCCUGAUAUUAUGGGUGGAAUCCUGAUCCUAGUGAAUUCAAAGGCAAAACGUACUUUGGCUUUAAUAACCGUGCUAAACAUUCCAUAAACUUUGAGCAUAUUAGAUGGUUAACUAAAGUAUAGCAAUGUAAACAUGGAUUGGAUUCAGAUUCUCCCACAGGAGCAAGUCUUACUCAUUUUAUUCAUGCAAACUUCCUAAUGAAGUUAUGUGCACAAAGCUAUAGGGCUAUGAAAAUAUAUUUUGUGACAGAUAUUUUGUUGUUACUGAAAUAUUAUACACCGGGACCUAGAACCAAAAUGUGCCUGGUUAGUGCUGUAGGAGUUCAUUAGCAUAAUUAUAAAUAUAACUUACUUCCAUUUGUUAGUCUAUGCUAAAAGUUUGUGUCACAGUGCAAUAUAUUGGAAGGAGAAAUAUUAAAAGAAAAUUAUCUUCAAGAGCCUUUGAUAUAUAGAGAUAGGAAUCUUAUUUUUAUAUUUUAGGACUAUAACAGAGUUUAAAGAGAAGCUAGAUAAUUUCAUGGAGGUUAGGUCCAUAAAAGGCUAUUACCCAGGGGAUAGAA